AUGGCCAAACUUCCAAAGACUCUUCUGCCUCAAGCAUUUGAUUCUGGUCGCUACAGCGACUUGAAAAUCAGAUGCUGCGGUGAAGAAUUCAACGUUCACAAAGUCAUUGUUUGCAUGCAAUCGCCUGUCUUGGCCGCUGCGAUAGAUGGCAAAUUAAAAGAAGCCUCGACAAAUUGCAUUGAUAUCGAAUCGUUUGACGCCGCCACUGUCAAGCACAUGCUUGAAUAUCUGUAUGGGAAAUAUGAUGAUGCGCGCGAUGCAAAAUAUGAGCAGGGGCCGCAGGCAAGUCAAGAAAUCGACCUGACGACAAAUGAUGAAGCGACGCCUGAACCAGAAGAAAAUGCCAUAUUGAAGCAUAUUCGUGUCAAUGCUAUCGCCAAUUACUAUGCUAUACCACAUUUAGCAUUGUUCACACGUACGGAGAUCCAAAGACUCAUCGACAAGCAAUGGUCAGCUGAAGGAUUCUGCGACGCUCUUAUCGUAGCUUUUCGCGCAACAUCUGAUGCGGACUUACAUGGUAUCAUGACUUCAGCUGCCAGCACGCACAUCGACGAGCUCUUGCAGCUAGAUGAGUUUGUCGCGCUGCAAAACAUUGGUGUCGGUAGUUCCAGCAUUAUCCAGAAUAUGGCCAAUAAAAUCCGCGCUCUGGAGACUGAGAAAUAUUUUGCGAAUCCGAAUUUCGCGAGCACGCCUGCCACCCUUCAAUAUGACGGUGCAGAAGAUCAGGAUGAUGCAGAAGAUCAGGAUGGUGCAGAAGAUGAAAACCCUCUUGGUCCUGGGGGUUUCAGCCGGAAUCGUGCUAUGGGAAGUCGCCUUGAAUUCCACCCUGCGUACAUGCUUCGGGGAUCGGUUUGA